GGAAGUUUUUAAUUACAUUGAUACAUAAUAAUUGUACGGAUUGCCUUGACAUUGGACUAGCAUGCAAUUAUUGAAAUUUACCAACUUUUUCUCUUUUUUCUUCCUUCUUAUUAGUUUUUUCUUCGGAUUGUACCUGUACACAAACCCAUCUUCUCUUCUUUCUCACAGCAUGGCUGAAACCACUUCCAAAUCCAUAUAUGAUUUUACUGUCAAGGAUAUCCGUGGAAAUGAUGUAAGCCUGAGUGAAUACAAUGGCAAGGUGCUCCUGAUUGUCAACGUUGCUUCAAAAUGUGGUUUGACACAAACAAAUUACAAGGAGUUGAAUGUUCUGUAUGAAAAGUACAAAAACCAGGGGUUUGAGAUCUUGGCAUUUCCUUGCAACCAAUUUUUAGGACAAGAACCAGGAAACAAUGAAGAGAUUCAGGAAGCUGCAUGCACAAUGUUCAAAGCUGAAUUCCCAAUCUUUGAUAAGGUUGAGGUGAAUGGGAAGAAUGCAGCACCCAUUUACAAGUUCCUUAAAUCACAGAAAGGAGGGAUAUUUGGAGAUGCCCUAAAAUGGAACUUCACAAAGUUUCUAUUAAACAAAGAAGGAAAGGUUGUGGAGCGAUAUGCACCAACUACAUCCCCUCUUAAAGUAGAGAAAGACAUCCAGAAACUCUUGGAAUCUUCAUGAGUACCAAGGAUAUGCAUAAUAAUGGCUCUAGAAGUUCAUUGAGUACGUAGAUUUGAAGUUUGUUGUGUGCAUGUGUGGAGCUAAAUCAUAAGUUUAUAAGUGGUGCUUGAUUAAUCAGUUAUAAGUCUUUGUUACUGUUAUCUUCCUUGUCAUAUUAUUAUUAUUAUUAUUAUUAAUGUGGUUGGAUAUUGUUUAGAAUAAUAAAGAUGCCAAAGAAUAAAUUUCAUCUAUGUA